GCUCUCCCCUUUUGUGCGCAACGCACACGCACACACACAAUUACCAGCAUAUAUCCACAGGAGAGAUUCUCGACGCUGAAUCGCAGGUCUUCAAUCAAGGUUUGCUUCCCCUCAGAAAGGUGUACGUGUGUGCGCACGGUACGCAAGUGGCCUUCUUCCUUUUUUUUUUUGGCGUACUCCUCGCUUAACGGGCUGCUGCGUACAAGUACGUUGAGCGACCGUAAUUGAAAAGGAUGCGCCGCAUUGCCUUUCUUUUGGCGUGGCAGCCACCUUUUCUAAAACAGGUUUCCGACCUUGAGCCGGUGCUGCAGAAGGCAACUCCAGUGGAGAAGCGCCGCCGGCAGCACGUGCCACUGUCGUUGCGGGCCCGUGAAGAGCUGGCGCACAAAUCGGAUAAGCUGCAGUACCACGUCGUGACACAAGACUGGUUCGGGCAGCGUGUGGACGACUUCAUCGCGCAGCAUCACCCGGAGUGGGAGUACGAGACGGUGAAGCGCCUAGUGCAGCAGGGUCACAUCUACCGCUACCGGAAAAAUGGAAAGAAGCGCUACACGCGGUUGACGGAUCGUCUAGAGUUUGACGAACUCGUUGUCGUGCCCACGUCCGGCUUUUGGGCCCAUCAACUUGCGCCGCCAAGCGGGGUCGAGCAGCCGGACGGCGCAGCAUCAUCGUCAUCGUCGUCCGCGUCCGGUGCGCAGCCACGGCGCACCUUUCACCUCUCCGCCAAGGCGCGCGAGAUGGCGCAGGAGAUGGUGCUUUUCAAGAACGAACACGUCGUCGUCAUCAACAAGCCGAGCGGGGUGCCGAUCAUGCCCACACACGAUCCCCUUGCCAUGAACAUCGCCGAUCUGCUGCCGGCGUGGCGGUACACCAACGCGCACGCCCCGAUCAUCUGCCACAACUUGGACGCAGAGACGAGCGGGUGCGUCGUGCUGGCGCGAUCACACAACGCACACCGCAUGCUCGGUCGCAUGUUUGUGAAGCGCGUGGUGCCGAACAGCGUGUACUGGGGCUUCGCCGUUGGUAAGCCCCCCGUCAACUUCGGCCGCAUCCGCAUGCACUUCGAGGUACAAAAAGGCAGCGGUGGCGACAUCAUCAUCGCCCGCCCCAACCCCACCCCGACGUCAAAAGUUGCGAUUGCCGAGUUCGUGGUGAACGCGUCGGCGCUGGAGUACGGCAGCUUCAUCUCCUUCUACCCCUUGACGACGCGGCGGCAUCAGGAGCGCAUCAUGGCCGCCCACGCCCUGCGCGCUCCGCUGCUGGGCGACGCGAAGUACGGCGGCGAGAGCGCCUUCCCACAGUCCUUGUCCCUCUUCUGGGACCCGGCCCGCAAGGACGUGCCUCUGCACCUGCACCACCGCAAGAUUCAGCUGCCGUACAAGAACGGGGCCGGCGAGUUCGUAUGUGUCACGGCGCCGCUGCCGCCGCACAUGGAGAAGACGUUCAAGCGGCUGGGCUGGCCGUGCGAUGCGGACGAUCCGCUUAUUCCCGGCUGA